UCAGCAACACUUGAAUCUGUGCAACAAAAAAUAAUUAAUAUUAUUAAAAGAUUCAAAUUUGAAGAUUUAGAAUUAUCAGUAAUGCCAAUUUUCCCAGAAACAUCAUGGGCUAAUAUAAGAUCUAAUUUAGUUAAAUAUAAUGAAAAGUUUUCAUCAUCUAAUGUAGCCCAACUUAUUAAAAUAGCUAUAACUGAAGAAAAACUUGGACACAAAAUUUUAAGAGAUCGUUUUUUAACAUUGCAAUUAAUUGAUAUAAGUUGGCAUAGUAAUAGAAGAAUGUGGUAUGGUUACAUAUUGAUAGGUUCUAAUAAAUCUGCGAGUUAUCUUACGAAUAAAGAGUUUCAAAAAAAUAUGCAAGGUUAUUUUGAUUCAAUGCAUAUGAAAAUUAAUGUAAAAAUAAAUACACAUCACGGUAUUAUAUAUGUCUCUUUAAUAAAAAAAAGAGAUAAAAGAAAUAAAGUGCGAACUGAAGUUCCACACUUUUUUGCUUUAUUUAUAGGCCAAAAAUAUUUCUUUUCUACUAAUAAAAAUGUUUCAUUUAAUAUUUUGGAUGGAAUAGCGAAAAGUUUAGGUUUUGAAGGCUCUAAAAGAUUUAAAUUAAUGGGUAAAGAUAUUAAAUCAUUAAGUGAAUUGUGUUGGAGGAAAAAAGAAGGAACAAUAAAUUAUAAGAAUAUUAAUAAAAAUUUAGUAUUCAAAGAUGGUGCUCCUGAUAGAAAGGAAACAGGUAUAAGUUUUACUCAGCAAAAACAACGGAGAAGAUAUGCUGAAAAAUGUUUUGGCGAUAAUCCUCCGACAUUAGAAGUACUUGUUAUAAACCGACCUGGUAUAUCUUUGUCACAAAAAGAUGUAACAAUAAAAUUACCAAAUGAAAAUAUACAUGUAACAUGGGAAUUUCGCAGUCGUAACAUUGCCACAUGUUUAACAAAAUUAAUAGAACGACGUAUACUUAAUCCACCUGUACCUUAUUACAUAUCAAAUCUAAUGAUGUUAGGGAAAAAUGAAUUUACACUUCAAAAUAAUUGA